UUACUACUCAUGUCACCCUGCUACUGCUCAUAUUCCGCUCUUUCCUUACACUUACUUAUCACUUCUCUUACACUUAUUCGUAGCUUAUUCUCGAAUACUCAUCCUUAUUACUUAUUUAUUCCUUACCUAUCAUUACUCGUCUCUUACUAUUAGCCUGUCUUUCAAUAUCACUCUCCUUACCAUUUCCUACUUAUUAUUACUCUUACUUCCUUAUUACCCUAUCUUACUUGUUAGUUACAUGCCCUAUCACUUAGUCUCUUACUUAUUAUCUUAUUCCUAUAUCACUUCUAUUCAUCACUUAUCUAAUAUCCCCUUCCCUAUCUUUAUUCUAUCUAUUUAUUACUUAUUACUUAAGUCUCCCUCUCUUGCUUAUCUUCUUCCUUAG